UGCGCCCUUUGAUACAAGCAGUGAGCGACUUCGGAGCUUUGCGCUCACUUUUGCUGGCGAAAAGCUCUUGCUUUCUUUUUUAACUAGUUACGAGCAUUUUUGGGUUCCGUUUUCGUCACAAUCUAAAAAUCCCGUUACCUUAGCCCUUCCAUUUCGCCAUGUCGACCUACUUUGAAAGUGAAAAGACCUCGGCAGUCACCGAGGUUCAGCCUCAGCCACCAACAGAGAAAAAUGAGCAGCUUCAUUCGGUGACUGAGUCGCCAGCGACGGGUUCUCAGGACCAACCCGGGGAACAGCAGCAGGAGUCGCAGGAGGGACGGUUUCGACAACUUUUUCGUUAUAUGCGCACUCGCGAUUUUUGGCUGCUCAUUCUGUUAGGACAAGUUAUCGCUCUCGCAAACAUCAGCUCCUCCACAUUUUCUACUCUUCUAUCCAAUGAAGGAACCAGUAUCCCCGCUUUCCAGACGCUGUGGAACUAUGUGCUCUUGAACCUGGUGUACACGAGUAUUACUGUCUACAAGUACGGUUUCAAAAAGUGGUUUCGCAUGCUUUACACCGACUGCUGGAAGUACUUCAUUCUCUCUUUUCUCGACGUGGAGGGAAACUACUUCAUGGUGCUGGCAUAUCGCUACACCUCGCUUCUGAGUGCCGAGCUGUUCAGUUUCUGGACAAUCAUCGUGAUCGUGAUAAUCUCCUUUAUCUUUCUGCGAGUUCGCUACCACGUCACGCAGUACCUAGGAAUUUUCCUCGCCUGCGGUGGUCUUGGUCUUCUCAUCGCGUCGGAUUAUCUUCGUGGAGCUAACUAUGCUGCCUCGAACAAGGUCAAAGGAGAUCUAUUCGCUCUGCUUGCAUCUACCAUCUACGCCUUCAGCAAUCUGUUCGAGGAGUUCAUGGUUUCGAAGCGUCCCAUGUACGAAGUCAUUGGCCAAAUGGGCUUCUGGGGUAUGUGGAUCAACGGUGUCCAGUGCGCUAUCUUUGAUCGGAGUUCUUUCCAUGGUGCCACCUGGAAUGGCAAGGUCGGAGGCUAUAUCGCCGGAUAUACCAUUGUCCUUUUCAUUUUCUACACCCUGGCACCCAUCAUGUUCCGGCUUUCUUCAGCCACAUUUUUCAACAUUUCCAUGUUGACCAUGAAUUUCUGGGGCUUGAUAAUCGGUAUCCAGGUCUUUCACUAUUCCGUUCACUUCCUCUAUCCGAUCGCUUUCGUACUCAUUGUGGUCGGUCUCUUUGUCUACUUCAUCAAGGAGAGUAAAAUGGGUGAAGCAGCAAAGCCAUGGCUCGGUGAGAACCAGGAGCUUGGUGUUGAUGGCGUGGGUACCGCUCGUCGUGCGCAGUACACUGGACAUGCUCUUGUCUAGGCCGAACCUAGCCGGAGGGGGGGGGG